CAUACCUCCCAGCGGUCAUUCCGCCGUGACAAGUAACAGUACACAGGAUGCGUGUUUGUAGUUCGUCAGUUCUCACAUUGUGUUGGUUUGUGGACAGUACGGAGUAUCAAUACUUAUAAAAGGUGUAAAGUACACUGUCAUGCAGUGAUAGAUUACGAAUUACUCCACGUGCAUUUGUUUAUGUCAACUUGUUUACGGAAUCCGUGUAGUACACAAGGAAGCCCCGUAGCACACAAGUAGAGACAACGCCAUAUUGGAUCAGUGGUUAAUUUUUGCGGGGAUGAGUUAAUUUUUUCGUAGUAUUUAAAAGUUUUCGAGAAUGUGAAGUGUUAUCAGAAGAAAUCUCAUCAUCAGAUGUGGUGAAUGUGUGGAAGUUUUGCGUUUUUAAUGUGGCAAGCGACAUGCAGUAUUCGGAAUAAUUAACACCUUGUCGGUACUUUUGAAAUCGAUUUGUCAGCAGUUAACAAAUUUGGAACGUCCUUGAUUGACCGCCAGAUUCAACAAAGUGAUACAUCUGUUCAAGAUGGAAGUAGACGAUGACACAGUUGUGGAUCUGAGUGUUAAACGAGACAGAGACAUGGGACCUCCUCCAGCUAGGAGUGAUGUGCCACAAGACCUUUCAAGAGUCCACCGUGUGGAAGAAAUUGGCAUUAGUGAAGUUCGUGGCUUAAUCCCACGUAGUAUAAAAGAAUUUGAUGACAAAUACCCUCGGAGGAACUUGCGUCCGAGAACUGAGCGGAACUAUGCUGAAAGCCCAGAUAUAAUAGUGCUUUCUGAUGAGGAGCCUCGGAUAAACGGCUACACAAAUGGCUAUGAAAGUGACUCGGAUGAAGGGGAGAUGCCACCACUUAUACCAAUAAAGGAGUUGACCCCGCAAGAACUGGAAGAACGUGAACGCACACUCCGGAAGCUGCGUGAGGAGCUACGCAAUGAGGAAAUGAAACUUGUGCUGCUGAAGAAACUACGUCAGUCCCAGCAGAUGAAGGAGAACAUUGCUGUAGUCCCACCCACACAGCAGCCACAAGCAGGUGUGGGUCCGAGUGUUGUGCCGGGGGUUGGUGUGCCAGCAAAGCCUCCAGUUACUGGCAAGUUGCCACCACCACCACAGCAGCAGCCCCCACCACCUCUCGUACGUGCCAACCACAGCAAGCAGACUAAUGUACCACCCUUGCUGCGAGGGCAACCACCACCUGCUCGGCCUCAAAGCAUACAUCAUCCUCCACCUCUGAUGAUGGCACCGCAAGCUGGCCGCACUUCAGCAACGAGCUUACCACCAAAUAUGAUGAUGAACCAGCAACCAUUACCCAGAGGGAGCGGUUCUUUGGGAGGACGUACUCCAGUCAACACUCCGCCAAAUGUGGUUCUAGGUUAUCCACAGGAUAGACCAAAAGAGACCCACCACUCUCCAGCACCCCCAGCAAUACCAGCACAACCUCUGCUCGGAAAUGUGGAAAACAAAAGUACUGUAAGCACGCCAGUGCCUCAAGUUCAAGAACAGGAGCGUCCAAGGGUUGAGGACACACAGACACCAGCUCAACGGCAAGCAGCAGCAAAAUUAGCCCUCAGAAAGCAGCUUGAGAAAACUUUGCUGCAGAUUCCUCCACCAAAGCCACCGCCGCCUGAAAUGCAUUUUAUACCAAACCCAUCAAAUACAGAAUUUAUUUAUCUGCUUGGUUUGGAGCAUGUUGUGGAUUUCAUAACGAAAGACCAGAAAACACCACCUCCGCCAGAUGCUUUUAAGUGCUCACAGUGUUUCACAGACUUUACGCCAGUAUGGAAGUGGGAGAAAAAUCCUACUAAAGGCAAAGAACCAAAAGUCAUAUGUGAGCAGUGCGUAACAACGAAUGUGAAAAAGGCUCUUAAAGCGGAACAUACAAACCGCUUGAAGACGGCAUUUGUGAAAGCACUGCAGCAAGAACAGGAAAUAGAGCAACGUCUGGCUCAGGCAGGCGGGGCGUCUCCCGAGCCUGUGGCUGCCGCGGCAGCUGUGGCGGCAGUGGCAGCCGUGGCAGCAGCACCUCCUCCUCCACCUCCCGCAGCACCGAAACCUGCAACGCCUACUCGUCAGCACGCUCCGACUCCCCCUCCUCCCCCACCGCCGACACCUCCGGCGCGGGAACACCCGUUGGCCAAGCUAGCGGCUGAAACUGCGGCUGCGGCUGCCGGCAAGUUUGGAGCUACGUCAGCUCAUCACGUUGCUGCAGCCUUACAUCAGCAGCUGCUCCGUGGCCUCCCUCCACAUCAGCCAUUACCUGCACACGUGCUUUCCGCUUUCAACCCGAUGCUCUAUCCGUACCAGCUCGCUGUUGCUGGCAGCAAAGGACCGGUUGCGACUGCUGCCGCCAAUUUAGUAGAACUGCAGCGUCAGGCAGUUGACCUCCAACGUCAGUAUCUUCUCGAUAUGAUUCCUCCACCUUCACCUUCGCCCUCUCGCUCGCACAUUAACAAUUGGAAGACGUGAUGGCCGCCCGCUCCCUGGGAUCUCGCUGGCCGGUAGACCCCGGCUCGUGUUUCCGCAGGGUCUCCGGUGAUUGCCAGCAAUAUUCUGGUGGAUGUAAUUUAUACAGUCUGUCUAGGUGACAUUUCUGAAUAGUGGAUUGUAUCUGAAACGAGUAACGUGAUGUAGUUCAUUGAGGAAUGCUGUACCUGAAAGUGAGAUUUUCAGCUGGUGUCUGAAUGAAAUGGCAUUUCUGCUUAAGAAGCUUAAUGCCAUUUUCUGUUUCGGGUAUAUGUGUAGCGGGUUUUCUAAGAAUGUACAAAAUUUGAAGGAAGCUUUUAAGCAAGUGAAUUGAGGCUGUUAAAUACAAAGAUCUUAGUAAGAAUGUUUAGGGGUACUUUAAGAAAAAAAUAUUUCUCAGUAAUUUGUCAGGUGUGACAUAUAGAUUUUAUUAUCCGUAAUGCAUGUUUUUAAAUAAUGGAGCAUUUUUCACUAAAAUGGUUGUGGCCAUCUGCAGUGUAUUCUCUUGUUCUGACACUGUAGAAUUACUGUAUAAUGGAAAUGGCUCUUGGUGCACAGAUGGAGUAUUGGGAUUCCAGUCAUUGUGUUCUUUGCCAGUAUUUACACAGCUUAUUUAUUUUGUUUGAACAGUUAUGACUAGUUUUUGUAUGAACAUGCACAUGGCAAACUUUCUGGCGUUGUCAUUCGUUUUUAGAGGAUGUGUUUUUAGGAUGGCUGGUUUGAUUUGAUUCUCUUUCUCUGUCUGAAGUGUGUGUGUGUGUGUGUGUGUGUGUGUGUGUGUGUUUGUUUGUUUUUGAGAGAGACAGAGUGAGAGUGGGUGGGUGGGGCUAGAAGAAAAAGGGAAUUCAUUUAAGAGUUUAUGCUCAUUUGUAUUUAUUAAGGUUUUUCCUUUUUUGUUCUGUGAAUUAACUGAAAGGAGUAUAUUGUAUUAUCUUUUCAAACAUUAGUGUUUAAAAGGUCUUGUAGCCACUACAAAUUGUAUAUUUAUUUCUUUUGUAUAAUUUAUUGAAUACCUGUGUGUGUGUACGUGUGUGUAUGCUCUGUAAACAGCUUUUAUUGUUUCUGUUAUUACCUCUGUAGUGAAUUUCUAGUUUGUGAUGGAAGUGUAAAUCUAAGCUGUAGAUAAUGUAUUACAUCGUAGGAGAAUUUCACAGUGUCCGUAUCUGUCAUGUCCCUUGUGCAUCUGUAAUCUCAGUCACUUUGUCAAUUUUUCUGAUAAAGAAGUUGUAAUCUCCAUUGUCAUCAUAUAACAGGUAUCAAAUUUCUGGGAAUUUCAGGUAACCGAAAUCACCUCAUUGUUUGGUAUAAAUGGUGCUAACAGUAGUGUACCUUAAAAUGUGCAGUACUGAACAUCCAAGCACAUUUUAGUGUCCUACUGCUAGGAUAUAAAUAUAGUCGUUUUUGCCAUGAGUUUGCAGGGAUUUUACUGUAAUACAUAAAAUAUAUUUUACGAAUGACAGGUUUAUUCUUGCUGUUGUGUGAUGGUUAUAUACCUUUGAUCGACAAAGCUCAUAAUUAAGAAAUAAAAAAUUUGAUUUGCUACUCGUGUUGCGAGAAUUGCCAGUUAAAUUGGCAAAACAGAAAUCAGGGUGAUGUAUCUAUAAUUUGGGUGCCUGCCGUACACAUUGUGGAGUGUAAGGGGGUUCUUGCCUGUCAGUUAUCUAGUCGUUGAGCAUUCUCGUUUCUUUGUGUUAUUAGUUUGUGCAGUAUUUCAGUUAUUUGAUUGUAGCUAACGAGAGAUGCCGAUCUGAAUUACCAUGAUUUUGUUCAACCAACUUUUCUUGUCAUUUCAGAAUUGUGCUUUUUUCAUAUUUGUAUGAAAAAAACUUGUGACUUUGUUUUGGAAAGCUUAUGUCUUACUGAAACAGUACUAAUCAACUUAUUAAAUAUUUUUGAUUUUAUUGUUUAUUUAUAGCUGUUGGCACCCUUUUUGUUUUGACUCAUUCUAAAAUGUUACCUCAAAGCUUUCCCAAAAUAUACGUAAAUCAGAAACUUGUGCAUUGUAGAUAGUAGUAAUUUUUUACAAGACCUUGAAACACUGGAUGUAUAGAGAAUUACUGCGUACAAUGCAUUCUUCGACAAGUUGAUGUUAGUGUACAUAAAUAAUUUGAAUGCACAUUUACAUUGACAGUGUAAAUGUAUUUGUGGUUUAUGAAUCUUGUAGAUUUGUUUCUCAUGAAUUUAAUUUAAAACUGUUGAAAGAAUGUGACAGUAAAUUUAUGGCAAGUUGACUGAACAGCAGUCGGCAACUAUGUUCUCUCUGUAAAAAUAAUCCCUCCAGUUCAUUAAUUUUGCUAACUAUUUCCUUGCAUUUCAUGUUGCUAUGUAAUUUGUAUGUAAACAUUUCCAUAUGUAUAAAAAUAGAAAGAUUAAAAUCUUACGUUGGAAAAUGUAA